CCCCCUCCCCGCCCUGCCUCCCCGGGGCCCCCGCCCGGCACUUGCCGCGCAGCCAUCGCCCGAAGAUGGCCCGCUCCAAACAGAGAGGCUGACUCAACUCCGCCAAGUUCACGCUCACCCCCCCGAACUUAUCCGGCCGCGCCUGCAGCCCCGCCAGAGCCGCCCAGCCCCGCGCACGGUGCAGCGCCCGCCACGGCCUCACCAUGGCGCUGCGUGGGGCUGAGCCGGACGAGACGAGGCCACCCCAUGGGCGGUGCCGGCCUCUGCUCCCGGAAGCGCUCUGCGACAGCUGGCGGGGCAGCAUGGCCGCGUCUUCCAGAAGGAAGAGUAAGGGGCGGCCGGUCCCAGACAGCGGUGGCAGCGAUGGCUCUCCGCGCGCCGUUCCCCUUGACGCUGCCGAGGGCGGGCCGCUGGUGCUGGGGGUCUCGGACGCUGUGGAGGCAGGAGAUGAUAAAGUUCCAAAUAUGUUGCGAAGAGACCUCGCCCAGCUGUCACUGAGCAGCAUGAAGUCUGCAAACGUAUGCAUAGGUCGUCCGGUCUUGAUUACGUCUGCUAAUGGGCGACAGGAGGUCUGUACUGCUUGGCCCACCACAGGCUUUCCAGGUGGGAAAGUUGGGCUGAGUGAAGCCACACAGAAGAACUUGAAAGCAAAUCUGGGUGAUGCUGUCACUGUGCAGCCUGUAAUUGGUGCAGUCAUCCAGGCAGAGGAAAUCAAUGUAAAGUUGAGGGACAAAGAUGCCACCAUUAAUGCCGAGGAAAUGUCUGUCUGUCUACUGAGAAACCUAGAUGGGAAGAUUGUUUUACCAGGAAAUCUCUUGGCUUUCACCUUCUAUGGCAGAGCUUGUAACAUUGUGGUGAUGAAAGUGAAAGGAACUGAUGGUGGAGAGCUGACUGCCCAGGGCAGCACCGUUUCUGGUGAUGUGCAUGAGCCAGACCUUGAAGGAUCAAAUUUGGACACAAGUAUGUUAGAUUUGUCCUUCCAGCUCGGCAAGAUGGAUAUUGACAAUAGUCCAGAGGUUGCAUCUAUGAGCACACCAAGCAAACUGAUGGAUCCAAGUUCACCACUUACACCCAGUUCUGCUGUGAUGGCCAGUGAUCAAGGUGCUGGUCAGGCAGAGAAAACCUGCAGCAAGGGAGAUGGCGCAGACCUCAGUAGUAAUUUGGAGUUGUCUGGGAAAGGAGGCAGUGAGGGACUCCCACUGACUGGCAAAACUGGACAAAUAAGCAGUGCAGACACUUUUUAUUUUAUUUCUUCAAGAACUAGAAUCAGUUUUAUUGAAACAAGGUCCAAUGCAACAGAUGAUGGUGACUGUGAAUCCCAAGUCACCUAUGAUAUGAUAGGAGGUCUAAGCAGCCAGCUCAGAACUAUUAGAGAAACAGUUGAACUGCCCUUGAAGCAAGCUGAACUGUUCAAGAGUUACGGCAUCCGUCCUCCUAGAGGAGUGCUCCUGUAUGGCCCUCCAGGUACUGGGAAGACUAUGAUUGCCAAAGCAAUUGCAAAUGAGAUUGGCGCUCACGUUAUGGUUAUUAAUGGUCCUGAAAUAAUCAGCAAGUUUUAUGGGGAGUCUGAAUCAAGAUUACGUCAGGUAUUUGCUGAAGCUUCCUUGUGUCAGCCAUCCAUUAUAUUUAUAGAUGAGUUGGAUGCACUCUGUCCCAAGAGAGAAGGGGCUCAGAAUGAAGUUGAAAAGAGAGUUGUUGCUUCACUGCUGACGUUAAUGGAUGGCAUUGGCUCAGAGGGCAGUGAAGGACAGCUCUUGGUACUUGGGGCCACUAACCGUCCUCAUGCACUGGAUGCAGCACUGCGCAGACCUGGGCGUUUUGAUAAAGAGAUUGAAAUUGGAGUCCCUAAUGCCCAAGACCGUCUGGACAUACUCCAAAAGCUUCUCAAGAAAGUCCCCCAUUCACUCACAGCAGCAGAGUUGGCACAACUAGCUGAUAGCGCACAUGGUUAUGUGGGUGCAGACUUAGCAGCCUUGUGCAAGGAAGCAGGUUUGUACGCAUUGCGGAGAGCACUGGGGAAAAGACCUAAUGUAUUAGACAACGAGGUGGCUGGGUCAGUGAUGAUUGCUUUCAAUGACUUCCUACAGGGGAUGAAUGAUGUCAGGCCCAGCGCCAUGAGAGAGGUGGCAGUUGAUGUGCCAAAAGUAUCUUGGUCAGACAUAGGAGGACUGGAAGACGUCAAGCUUAAAUUGAAGCAGGCAGUUGAAUGGCCUCUCAAACAUCCUGACUCCUUCAUCCGAAUGGGGAUUCAGCCUCCGAAAGGUGUGCUGCUUUAUGGACCUCCUGGAUGCUCAAAAACAAUGAUAGCAAAAGCUUUGGCUCAUGAAAGUGGCCUCAACUUCUUGGCAGUGAAGGGACCUGAGCUGAUGAAUAAAUAUGUUGGUGAAUCUGAACGAGCAGUGAGAGAGAUAUUUAGGAAAGCCAGAGCGGUGUCUCCUUCAGUUCUUUUCUUUGAUGAAAUAGAUGCCUUGGCAUUUGAAAGGGGCAACUCUUCAGGUGCUGGAAAUGUAGCAGAUCGUGUCUUGGCUCAGUUGCUAACGGAAAUGGAUGGGAUAGAACAGCUGAAGGAUGUGACAAUUUUGGCAGCUACAAACAGACCGGACAUGAUAGACAAGACACUUGAUAAGAGUGAUGAAGCUUGGGAUUCAGUGAUUAGUGCUAUUUUGGAUCUGCAGAUACCCUUUAUACAGGCCUUGCUGAGACCAGGACGAAUAGAUAGAAUUAUCUAUGUGCCAUUGCCAGAUGCAGCCACUCGUAAGGAGAUCUUCAAACUUCAUUUUCAGUCCAUGCCAGUCAGCGAUGAAGUCUGCUUAGCAGAGCUUGUUCAGCACACACAGAAGUACUCAGGAGCAGAGAUAACAGCGGUCUGCAGAGAAGCAGCCCUUCUAGCUCUUCAGGAAGACAUACAUGCCAAAUCUAUCAUGGGACAGCACUUUCGGUACGCGCUGACUAUUGUGACCCCGAGAAUUCCUGAUUCAUUAAUCCAGUUUUAUGCAGAUUAUCAGCAGCAAAGUGGACUGCACACGCUUUGAAAGGCAAAUUAAUACGUACGCCUAUUCACAGUGUGAAUAGUGCAUUUCCUUUGUAAAGCUGUCAAAAGCCAAAGAAUUUUUUAUUGUGAGUAGAGUGUCUGAAAUUAACUCAAGUGCAGAAUUGUCAUAAUAAAUGCCUAUGUGGAAGUUUGGAGCAUAACUGGUAUCAUGUAAAACUUCAUAUUUUUACAGUUCCAGUGGUAUAAUCUGCAUUUUGGAGGUGAUAAGAUUGUUAGUUUAAGUCAGUUUAUUGGAGUGUGUAUCUGUAAAUCAAAAAGUAAUUAUCAAAUUCUGAAUUUCUGGUGGAUUCUUGGCCCUAAAGAGAGUAGCAGCAAGUGUCAUUACUGCCUUCAUUUGUUCCUGCCUCAGCCGUAGUCUGAUCCCAGGGACUGUCUCAGUGAGGCACAGACCUGAGGAGUGGCCUCACUACAAAAAAUGCUGACAAUUAUUCUGAACCUUUUGAUUUAUGAUCUCCAGAAAAGCUGCCAAACAGGCUUGCUGAACAUAGAGUUUUCUGAGGUAAAGCUAAGGUAUCAUGACUGAUGACAAUGAAACAUUUGUUUUUGGUUUUAAACAACUCCUCUUUACACAUACUGGGAAUUAGGCAUCUUUAAAACUGUACAUCCCUUGGCUAACCGAAAACCACUGCCAGGCCUCAGCGAAAGAUUUCUGUUGUUAUUUGUUUGUUUCCAUCAAAAUAAAUAGGAAUGUUGAUUGGUAAUUUAAAGCUGGCCACUUGAAUGAAUACUAAUUAAUGAAUAAGAAAACCUCCUUGCAAAAACUGUUAUAAAUGACCACAAAAUAGUUCAGGGACAGGUAAAAUCUUUUGGGCUUAUUUCUUUGUUAUAUUGAAAUGACUAUGGGUCUUCAUAGGUUCUCUACUUUGCACUCAAUAUGAAAUGAAGAUAAGUAAACUCAUUUUCAGCUUUUUUCCCCCACAGUAGAAAGACUGAGCUUUUCUAUUCCAUACAUGAAAAAUAGAGGGAAAGAUAAAGCAAAAACAAUACAAACUUGAAUAAAAAUGGGAAAGAAAAAAAAAUAAACCCCCUCAAUUUCAGUGGGGAAUUCUGUGUUUUCCUGGUGUUUUGCAGGUAAAUAGAAGGCUUUCCAGGUCAAAAUUUUAGCCAAAUCCAGCUUUCAUUUGUUGAAGUAAACAAAUAUAUUUUUAGGCUCUGUGUAAAGUUAUUUUUUGGAUUUGUUUAUCGAUGGUUCUGAAGACUUUUCUUUCUUGCAGCCAUUAGAUAUAUAUUCAGAAGAGUAGUAAUUAUUUAGAAAUUUCCAUAAAUUUAUGAGAAAUUUGUGUAUAUCUAAGAGAGACUUCUACUAUAUUUACUUAAGUUAUCAAUAUGAAAUUUUAAAAGUGAUCUCUUGGCCUUGAUUAUGGUUUUUCUCUUUUAGUUCCACUCUGUACAUGAUUUGCAGCUUUUAAACAGAAAUAUACUAUUUUUAUAUAGCAACUUUUCUAUUUUAUUUUAAACUCUUGUUGUUAUAAUUAGCAUUUAAUUUUACUAUCUCUGAAAAGGGUUAGAGCAUGAGAAAAAGCAUGUCGUUCACUUAGUUCAUGUGAUGUAUGGGCAGUUUUUUUUCUUCAUUGUUUGACCUUUUAAUAGUACAACAGACAGAGGGAAUUAAGAAAAUUAUAAAUUGGAAAAGUUGCCUUGGGGAUCAAGACUGUAUUUGAAACUACUUUAUCAUCUUUUUCUAACUUUUAUAUACUACAUCUUGAAACUCAGGUUGUGAACUGUUUAUUAUAACCAUUGCAUUUUUGAUAAUUCCAAAAAUUAAAUGCCACACUGUUAUCCCCUGGUACUUUCCUCCAGAGUGUGUUCCUGAAGGAAGGAAAGAAAAACUAGUUUUUACUGCCAAUAAUGAAUUCUGUUUAUAAUUUUAUAUCCUAAAAAUAACACUAUUGAUGCUCCAGAUCCGUAGCAAAACAAAAUCGCCAUUUCUUGGGAAGUGUUCAGUCAGAUCCCUUGGGAAUGUCCACCAACGCAAGAAUCUGAACGGAGAGAGGCAGGUAGGAGCUGGCUGCCCUUUCUGUACGUGGGCUUCUGUUGCCACUAGUGAGAAUUUGCACAUUGAAUUUUAGGACAUUAGGAGAGAAUGCUGGUCCAUGACUGCUGUUCAUGCUUUAGGAAAGAACCUAUCCCUGCAAACAUUUGUCCUCUCAUCUGCACAGUACCACAUGUAUCCACGUGGUGCCAAAUCUCUUGAUACAUACCUACAUGCCUGAAGGGAUUUUAAAUGUAGGAAGCUGCCUUUUUUUACGUUGGGUUUGUAGGACUUGGUUUUUAAAAAAGCAAGAUACUGUUAAAAUCUGAAGUCCCUAGAAGGUUUCUGUUGCUCCCAAAGACUGAUUCCACUCAAAAUCUUGCUCCAUCCCAAGCCACAGAUAAAUUGAGAUUUAAAGGAAUGUGUGGCAAUUCCCCUUCUCUUUCCUAAUGACAGAUCGCCAUUAUCAUGAACUACCAACUUGAAACUUAACAAAAAUCUGGAAAGUAACCAAAAAUUCAGUUUUGGCCAAAGCAUAUCAGCAACCUAGUCCUUUCAGAAUCCAGCCUGGUGAACACUUUUGCACCCUCACCCUCUCAUUGGAACUUACUGAUGAAGGCACUGUAGGACAGAGCACUUCUGAAGUAUCUUUCAUUAACCUGUCAUUUAAAUGAGUGUUUUUUAAUUCAGAGCUGAACUUUUCACAGGGUGUUUUACUGAACACAUUGUGCCUUGGCACCAAAUCAAAUUGCUUGCAGUGUGAGGACAUAUAAGCCUGAACACCUCCAUGCUUCAGAGUAAAUCAAAGAUAGAGGCAUUCUUUCUUCUGCUGGGUUAAUCGCGUUUACUGUUGUUGGAUGUUUCCCUGAGAUUUAAUUUUAAUAAAAUGAUAGAGCCCCUGUGAAUAGAAGAGAAUGAAUCUGAGAAGUAUCUCUCUCUUCCAUCCUCUUUUUAACUGCUGAAGUGGUUCCUAGACUUAUUUCUUUACGUUCUUUAGAAAUACAGUCUUUUUCCUGCCUGCCAUUAUCUUUUGGAGCCAGUUUUUGGCCCCAAUACUGCUUGAGUUGCAGAAUUGUUAACAUUAAAUCAGCUUUUCAACGUUUCAGGCACAUUUUGUUUAAAUACAAAGUCUAACUUUUUCCUCCAAUAACAGCGUCUUUGAAAUUGGCAUAAAAUGUCUUUUGACAGGUUUGCCAAAAAUGACCAGGAGAAUAUUUAUGAUCAAUAUGAAAAAAUGUCUUCACUUAACUUGAGAAAAAGUUCAGUCCUGUGUUCUCCCUAAUGUAUAAACCAGAUUUUCACUGCAGGUGCGAUAUACAAUUCUUAAUCCUGGAAAAAGAAUGAAGUUUAUUGUGGAUAAUUUUUCUGCAGUCACUAAAUGAGAACAGAACAUAGCUUUACUGAGCUCAGGUGCAAGGGUGAACAUCAGGGACAAGAUAAUUUUCAAAGAUGGAUAUUCAAAAUCACUGGAUUUAGAUUUGUCAGCCCUUUCAAAUAUUGUACCCUGAAAGUUUAUUUUUCUGGCUUGUGUAUGCUGGCUCUUUCCUUUCAGUUUCUUUACUCAUUUUAAAUGUCAAACUGUGGUUCUUCUCCUUCAGAAACUGGGCACGUGCCAAACAUAAUGCUCCUAUAACUGAACAUCAGGCGAUUCUUGCUGCAGGAAGGCUGGCUAUAGAUGGCUUUUUGCUGUGAAGGCUUCAGACUCUGUGCUGAUGAGGUGUGGAGAGGAGUAGAGAGAAAGCCAAACUCUAAAGCCUGGUGUUUUAUAGUGUGUACUGCCCAUUAAGCUGAAGUUAACUGAUGGACACAAGUUCAUGGGCGGGAGAACUCUCCUUAUUGCAACAGGCAAGUAUCAGUGCUGUGGAGGAGGCAGACCCUUAAGGCUUUUGGAUGUUUCUGGCUCUCCCAGAGAAACCAGUCAAUUGGAUGGGCGAAACAGUAUUACCAAAACUAGAAAAGCAAAUGUCCACUGGUUGGGGUAGCUCAAUAUGUAGUGAUAAGUAGGAGAAAACUUAGAAGCAAUUGUACUUGGAAGAUGAAGAGUCAGGCAGACACCUACUGUCAAAACCUUGCCAAAAGCCUGUGAAAGAAUUAGUAAAAAGCAGGCAUGAAGAAUUCUCCCUGCUACCUGUGAUCGCAAAGCUGGGACAAAACUGAAUGUGUUUCCUUCACACUCCUGUGGCUUGGGAUUACCCAUGUGCUAAUGCAGUCAGGGUGCAGGAAGUGGCUUGCAGUGGGAGCUGGGACAAACUGACCUGCGCCUUGACCUGCUCAUGACACAUAUGAUGGGGAGGCCCACUCUUUGGCCACCACUGACAAAGCCAGCACAUAAGGACAGGUGGGGUGAAGGACAGUGAAUAAUCUUUGCAUUUUGGCUACUCCAGCAUAAACUGAUGGCCACUGAACUCAGGAGCCAGGUGGCCUAUGUAAAGCUUUUUGUAGCUGCUCCAAACUGUGUCUUGAGGUCCUGAUCAAUAUGGAGCUAACCUAUAAAAGAGUUGCAUUUGGAAGAUUGGUUUUACAUUGUGACCCUUUUGUAUUUGUAUUUAAUGUUCUUGUUAUGGUUGUAGAGAAUUGAUGUAAUUUUUACCUACUAUGAACCCCAAAAUCUUCUGCUUUUGCUGACACAUUUUUUUUCCUGACAUGAAAGAAAAUACUGUAGGUGAUCUAAUGUGUGCAAUUUAAUAAAGAGCUUUUACUAGGGAGUAGAAUCACA